AUGAAACGGGCCCUGUUGCUUAACGCUAUCAAUCCCCGCAUUGGCGGCGUGUUGAUUCGGGGCAAAAAGGGGACCGCCAAGAGCACCGCCGUUCGUUCGUUGGCGGCCUUGUUGCCCGAAGUGCCGGUGGUUACCGGGUGUCAAUUUAGUUGCCUGCCCAACGCUCCCCAACCGGUUUGUCAGUGGUGCCAGCAGGAAGCCGGCGGCGCGGGCCUCGCCGCACUGCGGCAGGUACGUAUCGUGGACCUGCCCGUUGGCGCUACUGAAGACCGCCUGGUGGGUUCGUUGGACAUCGAGCAGGCCAUCAAAACCGGCGAGAAGAAUUUCGAACCGGGCCUGAUCGCGGUGGCCCACCGAGGUAUUCUCUACAUCGACGAGGUCAACCUGCUCAAUGACCACCUGGUGGACGUAUUGCUGGACGCCGCCGCGUUGGGACGCAACUACGUAGAGCGGGAGGGCGUGUCGGUCAGCCACGAAGCCGAAUUCAUGCUGGUGGGCACGAUGAACCCAGAGGAGGGAGACCUGCGCCCGCAGCUGCUGGACCGAUUCGGCCUGGCCGUGGAAGUGGAUGGCGUGUUCGAGCCCGCCGAACGGCGGGAAGUCGUGCGCCGCCGCAUCGCCUAUGAAGCCGAACCCUUCGGAUUCAUGGAUGGUUGGGAUGAGGCGGAGCAACUGGAACGUUCUCGCAUCAUCCGCAGCCAGGAGCGGUUGCCGUCGGUGGUAGUCCCGGAUGAAAUCCUGGAACUCAUCACCGAUAUCUGCGCCGAGUAUCAGGUGGACGGCCUCCGGGGCGACAUCGUGAUGUACAAAACCGCCAGCACCAUUGCCGCUUACGAAGGCCGCACCGUGGUGGAGGUCGAAGACGUGCGGGAAGCGGCGUUGAUGGCAUUGUUGCACCGCCAGCGGCGUCUGCCGUUCCAGCAGCCUCACCUGGUUACCGAACAACUGGAUAACAUGCUGGAAGAGUUCCAGAAUCAGGCGCGGGACCGGGAAUCUUCCGACGGCGGUGAUUCCGGCGACGAUGACCGUAACGACGGCGAAAGCGAUAGAAGUCCCGAAACCCCCGAACUCGAUCCUCCCGAUGAUGCUGACGAACCCGAUGCCGAGCAACCGGACGCCACGGCGGGCGGCGACGAAUGGUUCGAGGUAGGCGACCCCUACGCAGUCCAGAACCUGCAGGUGCAACCCCCGGACCGUCGCGCGCGGCGAGGAGCGGGCCGCCGGGCCACCACGAUUAGCGGCGAUUCUUCCGGUCGCUACAUUGGUUCCCGCGAGCCUCCGGGUCCGGUUACCGAUCUGGCAUUGGACGCAACUCUACGCAUGGCCGCUCCUCACCAACGAACCCGCCGGGAAACUGCCGGGCCAGACGCGGCAACUCUGCUCAUCGAGCCGUGGGACAUUCGGGAGAAAGUGCGCGAAACCCACACCGGCAGUUUGAUCCUGUUCGUGGCUGAUGCCAGCGGCUCCAUGGGCGCCCAGCGCCGCAUGGUAGCGGUGAAGGGCGCGGUGAUGUCGCUUCUGAUGGAUGCUUACCAGCGGCGUGAUCGUGUUGGGUUGAUCGCCUUUCGCGGUACUUCCGCUCACUUGCUGUUGCCCCCCACCGGCAGCGUCGAAAUGGCCCAAUGGCAGUUGCAGGAUAUGCCCACCGGCGGACGCACACCGUUGGCCCACGGACUUUACCUGGCGAUGGAAACACUGGAACGGGAGCGAUUGAAAGAUCGGGACGUACUCCCGUUGCUCAUAUUGUUGUCCGACGGACGGGCCAACGUGAACCUGGCCGGCGAACAGCGCAGCUCGGGGCGAUCGGUUUCGGACGAGGUGAAGGGUCUGGCAACCACGGUUGCAGAGGCCAGAAUUCCCGCCGUCGUGAUCGAUACCGAGCAGGGCUUCAUCAAGCUGGAGUUGGCCAAAGACAUCGCCGAAGCCAUGUCCGCCCGAUACAUCAAGCUGGACGAUUUGGCUGCCGACCACAUUGCCAACGCCGCCCGCGACGAGUUCCCCGCCCAGGGCCUGGCAGACCCUGUGAUAACAUAA